CAGAAAUCAUCCAGUACCAAGCGAGUUGUAAGCACUAAGACAACCGGUGUAAGCCAACUGCAUCCGCCAUCAUGAACUUUAACAAACUGUUUUUGAUUGUCAUUCUGGCAGCCCUGUUGCUGCUGGGCCAAACCGAAGCCGGAAGGUUGAAGAAACUUGGCAAGAAAAUUGAAAAAGCUGGCAAGCGAGUGUUCAACGCUGCCCAGAAAGGACUCCCGGUUGCAGCAGGAGUGCAGGCCCUCGGACGUUAACGUUGCUCUGGCGUGAGGUGAUUUGCUAUUCAAAAAGCAAGAAACUUGUGCAUUUUCAUAUUUCAAAUAAACAAUGUUUUGAAAAUUUCAA